GUCGUAUGACGGCCGAACAACACAGCGUACUUUCAAUGAAACAACACGUAUAUUAAGAGAUGACGCAUUCAAUCUUUUGUCUCAAAUCACCGCAAGUGGUGAUUCCUCUUCUUUGUUGUUUGGUUAUCGGGAUUUGUUCACCUGUACCAGGGGAUUUGCCAAGGCGCAAACUCAGAAAUACAGUCGGAGAGAACAUCGGUGACGAGGAGAAAAACCAAAUAUGUAGUGACCAUUUCGGUUCUCAAGAGUACAUAUGGGUUCCCGAGCCGUUAAAUAAGUGUGAGCCAUGCAGCUUUGCGUGUUCCAGAUCGACAGAGGCCUAUUGCGAAGCAUGCCCAGGAGCCACCACUACACAGGCACCUGCGGAGACGACCUCCACGGCCCCGCCUACCCAGGCUGCUACGACGGUCCAGACCAUCAUGGAAGACCCGAUUCUACCAACCGCAUCUGAUCAAGUUGUAACCGGGGGAUCUGUGGCUGAUGCAACCACAACCGAAGCAAGAACUGAUGGGAAUGAUUUGCCAUCAAGAAAAUUGAACGUCGGCAUGGUGGUGGGCAUUGUCAUUCUGCUAGUAAUUGUGUGCAUCUUGAUUGUGUUCCUGAUCGUAUGUGCACAUAAUUGGCUGAGAAACAAACGAGGCGCUGGAGAGCCAGAGAGUCGUGAUGAGCCCAACCCAGAGGAGCUGCCAUUGUCAGUCGAAGACAGCCACCCUGCAUCCUCCAACCACCCGUGGUAUUCAGACCUCAAUGGCGUCACUGCCGACCCACGCCCAGUUGGCAUUCUUAACGAAUCGGAAGUCUAAUACCAUCAAAGGGUAGUCAUUUUUUUUUUACACAACUAUAGGGACCACAAUAGAGAAUUAUAAUAAAAGACACCAUGGGAAAUGACGUCACUUCCAUCCUCACAGGACUAAGAAUUUUAGACGCAACUACUCUGAACGUAAUGAUCUCGAUUUCACCACACGUAGGCCUAUUGAACUUUUAAAGAAUUUUUUUUCUAAACUUUUUUUAAAAAUUGCUUUUAGUCAAUUUGACUAUUGUUGGUUUGGAUUUUUAAUUUUUUUUAGGGAAUACAAGUCCGGAAACCUGUCCUGCAACUCUUAUGGCAAAGUAAACAGAAUCCCUAGAUAUAGAUGUGUAAAAAAAAAAAAAGGAUGCGGAAGGGCGGAUCAAUGAGACAGGCAAAAUGAAACAAAACUGAAAAUCAAAAGAAAAUUUUUAAAAACAAAGACUUCAGUGUUCUUUCGAGAGGGUGGGGAUGGCUCCUGUAAGAAACCUCGAACAACCCUACCCUUCUUAGUACGAGGCAUAGUAUUUGCUAAUUGCGAUGCAUAUUAUGUUGAUGCACGGUCGGUACAUAAUUAUAAGCAUUACUUAUUGAGAGACUUAUACCGACACUGUGGAAAUUGUCAAGAUGACGACUACAGACAACUGGUCGAAACGGAGGCCAAUGUUGCAUGUUAUGUACAGCUGCAUGCCUCUGAGAAGAAAACAAAUCGUCAAACGGGAGGUCUGGGGGAUUGGAAGAAAAGGUAGACAUGACACGUCUCCUAUCCGACCCCCACUGGCCCAAGACGAUACUAAGAGAAUUUGAAGCAGUGGACCAUGGAGGAUAACUUGUUGUCCUUCAAAUAGGCAAAUAAGCCAUAUUGCUUCAUUUUCUAAAGUGAUAUUAUACGAAACUUUAAUGCUGUUGAAUAAACAGUAUUAUACAAGACUUACUGUUGAAUUUCCCUCGGCUGUGCAAGCUGAGGGAAGGUUCAAACAUUGUUGAGAGUGUACAGUCUUAUAUAGGCGGUAUUUUAAACUGCACUUUUUGAUGAAAUCUGGAAGAUAAAUUUUGAUUUUGUCGAAAAACUUUGCUAUUUUUGUUUGCUUAUAUGAGUAUGAUAGGAAUUCUAUAUUAUUGCAAUUGGCAAAAUAUGGAAAUGGUUUUAGUUGCAUGCUGUUGUUGUUUGUACGAGGGUACGUACUUAUUUUGGUCUUGAAGUUUCCUGAUACAAUUUUUGUAAUUGAUGAAGUUUUGACAUGGAUUUCUGGUUACCUUGUUUCAAAACAGAACAAUAAAAAGCUGCAAAUGAAGAAACAAAAGCAGCGGAAAGCAAAAUGAAUUUUCAAUCGCUCAAAAAACAAACAGAGGUGUUAUCAUUUUAAAAACAACAACACCAACAAACUUACAGCACCAGUAACAACUCUUCCCUUAAUUGCGUUGGAUCAGUUAUUCGAAACUACUGUGGUGUAGACCUGUAUAUUAAAUUUCUUAAAAGCGAUGAAUUAUGCAUUUUAAUACUUAAAAUGAACAUUGAGCUUUGAAAAAGACAAAAAUAUUUGUCUCCAUGCAGCAAGUUUGAAAUUACAAUGGCGAAUAUAAAUGUUUUGUACUCUUCUAGACUGUCUAGCCUAUAAUGGUUCGAAAUUAAAAAAAUUAAAAAAAAUCCCAGGAAACAACCACUGAAAGCUUUAAUAAAAGUGUCGAAUAAAAAAGAAAAGAAAAUUUGAAAUACGGAGGUAAAAAAAGGAGUUUCGUAAGGAAAAUACGGACAAAAACUCAUGUCAUUUUUUUCUUUUCAUUGUGAAAAAAAAAAACAGACAAAAGCGCUUGUACAUUGCUUGUAGUAGACAUAAUGACUUGGUGUUUCUACAGGUUGGUGCAAAAAGAAGGAAACCACUUUUGACAGGAACGUUAACCUAAUUACUUAACUUAUUUCAACUGCUUAUUUUUUUAAUAAUGUAGUGAAGUAUAGCUCUUCAACCAUACAUGGUGAAAACAUCUUUUACAAAAUCGCAACAAUAGUGUUGUUAUGCUAAUUUGAAUACAAGUCACCAAAAUCACUGUUAUCCACGUGUUUUUUUGUCUUCAAAUCAAUCUCUGGAGCUCAGUCAAGCGGAUGGAAUAAAGCUGUCCGGGGACAAACAUGUUUGGCGCAUGAAAUUUAUUAUCUCAGAGACAAAAUAUCCAUUUGCAAUCAUUUUUUUCGGCACUUAUGUUUAAAGAUCAAUAUUUUAAUACUAUUAAAUUGAAUUUUUGAAAUAUGCUCAACAGUUGAAAAUUGCUGUCUAAAGUGGGGUUCCUUCUUUUUGCACCAACCUUUUUACUAUUUUUGAAAGAUUAAUCCAAGUUCAAGGAAGGAAAUUGCAUGAAAUGUCUUUUUGCCCUGCAGUUUUUGAAUCAGCCACGUUAAUUUUUAAAGCUAUUUCUUGAUAUUAGCUCUUUUGGGCCAAUUUUAAAAAAAAUCAAUAUCAAGCAAUGUCGAUAAAUUUCGAUAAAGAUAAUUUCAUGCAGUCUUGUUUUACAUCGCCUUCAUUUAAAAAAAGGUAGAAUAAUGCUUCAACUAAAAAGGUUUAAGUAUGACUUAUACAUGUAUAAUGCUCUUUUAGUUAGAUCUGACCCAAGAGUAGAGUAGAUACAGAGAGUAACACCACGCAAAAUAAUCAUAAAAACUGUCCAGAAUUUUUUUUUUUUUUUAACUCUAAAAAGUGAGAGGUACACGAUUCGAAAUUUAAUGUAAAACGAAGCCUUACUUUGUCCUUUGCACCAACCACCAUGCAUGGAAAUAAUUGGUCAACUCAUGUCUUUUUGGAUGGAAGGAAAUGUCUGAAUAAAGGCCCUAUCAGGAUUCAAGUUGAGAAAGUUAAAAUUUCAAACCAAAUCAUGGAAAUCUUUGCUCAAAGUUAUAAAAUCUGAGGGGCGGCGCUAAUAAAGAAUUUUUUUGGUUAGGGGGAUCUCUCUGUUGUCACAAAAAAACCUCACUGAACUCAAUUCUUUUUAUCCUCUUUUGUACAUAGUUUUAUAGCUUGCUUGCCGAUGUAGUGCCACAUUCAUUGUGCAAUAUAGUGCAAUUCUAAUAAAAUAAUAGUGUAGCAGCCCA